UGGAACUUAGGGUAAAAUUCGACAAAUUGGUACAUAGGGGAAAACUCGACAAAAGGGUACAUAGGGUAAAACUCGACAAAAUGGUACUUAGGGUAAAACUCGACAAAAUGGAACUAAAGCUUAAGUAAAUUUAUUUCUAAAGUAUAAUCUCAAAUUGGCGGAUGACUUCAACACUAAAAGAACACUUGGAAGACUCUUCUUCCCCUCCAUUAUUUCAAUUUGACGGGGAUGACGGUUCAACCGACAAAUUUAGCAAAAUAAAAAAUGAAGGGUAUUUAUUUGUUGAUUUAACAACUAGAAAAUGUUUGCCGGAUAAUUUAAAUAUUAAAAAUCAGCGACAUUCUAGUAAAAAUAAAUUAUUUUUAUUAUCAUUUAUUCACAAUAUUUUUGAAUUUUUUUAUUCUCAAUUUCCUUCAAUUAAAUAUUUUUUGUUAACUGACCUUUUUCCUUAUUAUGCUGCCUAUUUUUUUAUUUAAAUUUUUAAAUUUUUGUUUUUAUUUUUGUUGGAUAAAAAAAUAAUUUUUGUAAAUUUUUUGAACCUAGAUUAUUGAAAAGAUGCGGACAAAAAAACUUUUGCGGACAACAUUUGCGGACAAAAAUUUUUUGCGGACGAAACAGAACCCCAUUGAAAUUGGAAAGAAUGUUAACUGAAAGCUAGCAGUACUAGAUUGUCCCCAACCAUAUUUGCAAAUAUUUCUUCCCCAUCUAAACAAACACAAAAUUUUAAUUUAAAAAAUUUAUAUAUCAAAUCUUUCAUCCAAAAAAAUUUAAAAAAUAUAUGGAAUGAGAUGUGGGCAAUUUUAAAAAAUUUAGCUAAAAAAUAUAUAGCAGUUAACUAAUAAAGUAGAGACCGAAAAACAAAAAUCAACAUCGAUAGGGACGGAAAUAACAAUUCUCGUAUUAGCCUUCUUCUCAAGUCCGGUCUCUACUAUAUUUAUAGAAGG